AUGUUGGCGGUCUUCUUUGUCCGCGUCAGCAUGCCCCACCCCCGACCCUCGGAUGCUUUCCGGGUUCCCCGGAUUCCGAGCUCCGAACAGUUUCUGAUUAUUAUUGUGUUUGAAACCGACGGGGAACUGCCUGAUCCACUGAAACCCGCUCCCAAGAAGGGCGCCAAGAAAGCUCUGUCCAAACCGGCGAGCAAGUCUGGCAAGAAGCGCAAGAGGUCGAGGAAGGAGAGUUACAAAGUGCUGAAGCAGGUUCACCCCGACACCGGCAUCUCCUCCAAGGCCAUGAGCAUCAUGAAUUCAUUCGUGAACGAUAUCUUCGAGCGCAUCGCGGGUGAGGCUUACCGCCUGGCCGACUACAACAAGCGGUCCACCAUCAGCUCCCGGGAGAUCCAGACCGCCGUGCGCCUGCUGCUGCCCGGGGACCUGGCCAAGCACGCCGUGUCCGAAGGAACAAUGGCAGUGACCAAGUACACCAGCUCCAACUGA